AUGCGCUUGGGCGGCGUGACGACGUUGCUGGUGUCUGUGCUGGCGCUGACCCUGACUCUGACGCUGACCUUCGGCUUGAGCCCCGGGGAUAUCGGCGAUGUCACGACGCCGCCAUCGGGUUGCGCGUUGUGUGCGAGCUCUGGUGACUGCUCUCACGCGUUUCGAGACGGCCCGGGCCAGUUCUGCGUGUCCCCAGCCGACUACGUCUGCACGUGCGCGUAUGUGGGCGCGAUGCCGCCGUACCACAGCGAGAGCGACCUGAUGAACCGCGUGCUGUGGAUGUGGUGGGUCCUGGGCAUGCUCGUGGUGGUCGCGGUGUGCGGGGGCUGCGGCUACUUUGCUGUCAGGUGCUUGGUAAGCAGCAGCAGCAGCAGCAGCGACGAGGGCUGCACGUUCGUCCCACCGGCGAUGACGGUGCCACUGGUCUCGCCGACCCGUGAAGCUUUGUACGGCAGCACUGGACAAUCGCCUACGGUGGCUUUCGCUCCAGAGGCCGAGAAAGCUGAAGCUGGUGCAGCUACAGGUGCUGCCGCUGCUGGGGUCUUAAGCAGCGUGACUCUCGCCAGCCACGACGCUCCGGCCGAUGAUCUCGAUGUCGCUGGCGACGGGUUCAAUGGAGGUCUGGGCAGUCUUGAGAAGGUGGAGGAGGAGCACGACGAAGAUGAAGAGGACGAAGAGGAGGCCGCGCUCUUGACAGUGCCUGGGGCGGAUCAGCAACGAAAACCAUAUAAAAUCGGCAGAAUGAAGAGUGAACGAAGGAGCUUGAAUUGA